AUGACACCGCUCGAUGCACAGAGUACUGACGUCUGUCAAUGUACCAAGGUAAAGGGAGCUGGAGGGAUCGAAUGCGAGCUUGGUACAACGGUGAUCUGUCCAGCAUGCCAUUUGGAGGAGGCAAACACCCGGGAGCCCAACGACGCCGCGCAAACAGCCGUAGAGCAAACAGCCCUUCCAGACGAAAGAAGGGUCUAUAUUGCUUUCGAAAGCUCGCGUCUUUUGAAGGAAACUGGCGGACAGCAUCUGAGUGAUAAAUCUAUCAGAUCAGUCAUAAAAAGGCGGCAGAAAGGACAGACGACGGCCCGGCACCUCCUGAACGAAUAUGGCAUCUCAGCUCUGGUAACCUCACUCCGAGCUUUGGUAGAUGCUGAGAUAUUCACAUCCACCGAUGCCGCGAGUCGUCGAUUUCCCGAUCUCUUUCCAGAAGAGCAGGAGACAGCAACUGGAGAUCUGUCUACAAAAGAGAUCGAACCGCAUGAUGGUGAAUGUAACCAAUCAAACGAUGCGUCUGGUGGCUUUGGAGCAGGCGUAUUGCCAAACAGUCGACCUGGCCAGACUCUCCGGGAUUGUCGCCUUCCCACCAGGCCACGACAUAGACUCAUGUUGCAGCUACAAUUAAUACUAGAGCACGCAUGUUUCUCAUUCGCACAACGAGAAAUGCAACAGGCGCUGGACAAAUGGGACUAUCGCUGCGCCGAGGCGGUCUCGCUACAAACCUGGAUAGACUUGUUUCGGAAUAACAAAACAUUCGAGACCGAAGGUAAUGCUGGGUCACUCCCGAACCUGCUCAGCUCAGUAGGCAAGAUUCAAAAUGUCAUCAUUCAUCGACUCGACCUUAACUUCUUCCAAGUUAACCAGUUUUUACUGAAUGCUGAAGAGUUCAUCCGGCUUCUCGAUACUCCAUUGUAUCUAGAUGCUAUUAAGCUGCUUAGGCAGCGUAUUGAAGAAGUACUUCUUAUGGCGAAUCGAGAUGCUGCUUCAAUCCAUAACGAAGCUGAUGGGAAGGUUGCAGAAAUUGAAGCUCAGAGAGAAAGGUUAAACCGGGAGGAGGAGGGCGUUAAACGUCAUCGGGACGAGAACCUGGACAACAUCCGAGAUUCCAUCGAGCGUGACAUAUUUGCAGCCAUGGGACAAGCUAAAGAUGCCUUACCAGGUAUUGGACUGGCGGAUAACCGUUAA